UCAGCACGGGACGGGCGGUUGCUGGGGGCCGCGACCCGGCGGAAAAUGGCGGCCGGCAGGAGGCAGCGGACGGUAACAUCGGAAUCAUCGGCUCUACCCGAUGUGUUUUCCUGUUUUGGUGCCAUGGAAUUGAUUUAAAGGCAGAUUUGUAAGAGACUAUUUUGAUAUCUGGAUCAAUAACUGUCUUAGUGAUAUUUCAAAAUGGUAGGCAAAUUAAAACAGAACUUAUUAUUAGCAUGUUUAGUGAUCAGCUCACUAACUGUGUUUUAUCUUGGUCGUUAUGCAAUAGAAUGCCACCAUAGAGUAGAAGAGCAUACGCAGCAACAUUCUAACAUUCUAGAUAGUGGCAGAUCAUUACGUUACAUUUCAAAAUCUGGAUUCAAAAAUAGUUCAAAUAGACUUGUUUACAACAAAGACAUGCCAUUAAUAUUUAUUGGAGGAGUACCAAGAAGUGGCACCACACUCAUGAGAGCAAUGCUUGAUGCCCAUCCUGAAAUUCGCUGUGGCGAGGAAACCCGGGUUAUUCCUAGAAUCCUUGCAAUGAAACAAAUGUGGAGCAGAUCUGGCAGAGAGAAACAGCGAUUGGAUGAAGCUGGUGUUACUGAUGAGGUGCUGGACUCGGCCAUGCAAGCCUUUUUAUUAGAAAUUAUUGUUAAACAUGGGGAACCUGCUACGUACUUAUGCAAUAAAGAUCCAUUUGCUCUCAAAUCAUUGACUUAUUUGAGCAAAAUUUUUCCCAAUGCCAAAUUCAUUCUAAUGAUACGGGAUGGACGUGCUUCAGUACAUUCCAUGAUUACUCGGAAAGUUACCAUAGCAGGAUUUGACCUCAGCAGUUACAGAGACUGUCUGACCAAAUGGAACCGUGCUAUUGAGACCAUGUAUAAUCAAUGUUUGGAAACUGGGUUUAAUAAGUGUUUACCAGUACACUAUGAACAACUCGUUUUGCAUCCUGAAACUUGGAUGAAGAAUGUUCUGAAGUUCCUAGGUGUUCCUUGGAAUACAGCAGUAUUGCAUCAUGAAGAAAUGAUAGGGAAAGCGGGAGGUGUUUCUCUUUCUAAGGUUGAGCGAUCUACUGAUCAAGUCAUCAAACCAGUCAAUGUUGAAGCCUUGUCAAAAUGGGUAGGAAAAAUUCCGCACGAGGUAGUUCGUGAAAUGCCAGUGAUUGCACCUAUGUUAGCAAAGCUUGGAUAUGAUCCAUAUGCAAAUCCACCCAAUUAUGGAAAACCAGAUCCAGCAGUUAUUGAAAACACUAAAAGGCAAUCUUUUGAGGUUCUACCGAUAGAAAGUAGGCUGGGAGGAGGUUCAUGUGAAGCACAACUAUUUGCAGGUUAUCAAAGGUGACUUUCAACUACCUGCAAUUCUUAAAGAUCUGCCAGAGGUGAGGUCCUAACUCAAGGAUGGACAGAUAUCUUCCUUUCUGAUUCUCAGAAAAGCAGAUUCUCAGAAGAUAUCUCAGGAUCAGAUUUUCUCAUGGAUCUUGUUCUUGACCAGUGAUAUAAGUUCUUUAUUCCACAUUAAUUUUCAUUUUAUAGCCACUAUUCCAGCUGUAAACUCUUAGAAACUUAAAAUGCAAAUAUGCUAUAUGUGAGGAGGUAAUGUAACCAUUAAUGAUGGCAAUAAUGUUAGAAUAUUGCCAUGCAGACAUUACAAAAGUAUCAACAAAUGAAAUGUGAAUGUAUCCAUUUUCCCCUUGAGUUUUAUUCAUGGCAAAAAUCACCAUAGACCUUUUUUGUUUCUUUCUUUUUAUGAAUGAGGAUUUGGAAGUAAUCUCCCAGAGAGUUUGAAUGAACAUGAACCCUGUUUCCCUAAAUGCUCUUGGGGCGAACUGUGGGCUGUGAUUUAAAAUUAUAGUGAUUCUAUCUAUGCAUUUCCAUGUAAAAUAUGUAAUUAUUGGAGCAUGAACAACUGCACAGUGCUGUUCAUGUAUGUAAUUGAUUUAUUU